AUGGCGUCCACCGAGCCCACCGCCGAGCCUUCAAGGUCUCUCAUGUCCCGUCUCAACGGCUGGGGCCUAUCAUCCAUGCCGCCCAUGGGCCUCGCGACGCUCAUCACGGCGCUGCACUUCCGCCCCUUCCAGGCGCUGCCCAUGGCCUUCACGCCCGUGCUGCUCUUCUCCAGCUACCUCAACCUGGCCGGCUUCAAGAUCGACAGCGCCGGCAUCACCGCCGCCUGGAGCGGCAUGUACGUGCUGCUGGCCCUGCGCCGCCGCCAGCCCUUCCGCCAGCGCUUCAGCGCCCGCGGCGUCAUCCGGGGCGCGGCGAUCGGGCUGGGCGGCGUGAACACCGUCGCGGGCGGCUGGGCGUACGCCUAUGGCGAUCGCGAGAGGGAGAAGGCCGAGCGCAAGGAGCGCAAUCGCUGGGGGAACGAGAGCUGA